UGCUGGGGGGUGGGGUUGCUUGGUCCUUUCCUACUCGGCUAUGUCAGACAAUCAGAGUUGUUAUUCCUCCAGCUCCGAAGAGAACCCCGAGACCGAGCCUAGGCUGCCUGUUGAGCUCUGCGGGGUGCUCAGCAAGUGGACCAACUACAUUCAUGGGUGGCAGGAUCGUUGGGUAGUUCUGAAAAGCAACACACUUAGUUAUUACAAGUCUGAAGAUGAAACAGAGUAUGGCUGCAGAGGCUCUGUCUGUCUGAGCAAGGCUAUGAUCACGCCCCAUGACUUUGACGAAUGCAGAUUUGAUAUUAGUGUAAAUGAUAGUAUUUGGUAUCUCCGAGCUCAGGACCCAGACCACAGACAGCAGUGGGUAGAUGCAAUAGAACAACACAAGACUGUAUCUGGCAAUGGAUCAGAGUCAAGUUUACGAUGCCAUGGCUCCAUGGUGUCUCUUGUUUCUGGAGCAAGUGGAUACUCUGCAACGUCCACCUCUUCAUUCAAGAAGGGCCAUAGCUUACGUGAGAAGCUUGCAGAAACGGAAACCUUUAGGGACAUCUUGUGUAGACAAGUUGAUACUUUACAGAAAUACUUUGAUACCUGUGCAGAUGCAGUUUGCAAAGAUGAACUUCAGAGGGAUAAAGUGGUAGAAGAUGAUGAAGAUGAUUUCCCUACAAUGCAAUCCGAUGGGGACUUUUUACAUAACAGUAAUAGCAGUAAGGAAAAAUUGUUUCCACAUGUGACACCCAAAGGAAUUCAUGGCAUAGAUUUUAAAGGAGAAGCUAUAACUUUCAAGGCAACUACUGCUGGAAUCCUUGCUACACUCUCUCAUUGUGUUGAACUCAUGGUAAAACGUGAAGAAAGCUGGCAAAAAAGACUAGAUAAGGAGAUAGAGAAAAGGAGAAGGGUUGAAGAAUCUUACAAAAAUGCUGUGACAGAACUGAAGAAAAAGUCCCACUUUGGAGGGCCAGACUACGAGGAGGGUCCUAAUAGUCUGAUUAAUGAAGAAGAAUUCUUUGAUGCUGUUGAAGCUGCUCUCGAUAGACAGGAUCAAAUGGAAGAACAGUCCCAAAGUAAAAGAUUAUACUGGCCAACAUCCUUACCUUCUGGAGAUGCAUAUUCUGCUGUGGGGGCUCAUAGAUUUGUCCAAAAGCCCUAUAGUUGCUCUUCCUCCAUGUCUUCCAUUAAUCUAGUCAGUGCCUCAGAUGUUCACAGGUUCAGCACCCAGGUGGAAGAGAUGGUACAAAAUCAUAUGACAUACUCCUUGCAAGAUGUAGGAGGAGAUGCAAAUUGGCAGGUAGUGGUAGAAGAAGGAGAAAUGAAGGUGUACCGAAGAGAGGUGGAAGAUCAUGGAACAGUUUUAGAUCCUUUGAAAGCAACACAUGCUGUUAAAGGAGUAACAGGGCAUGAAGAUUGCCACUACUUCUGGAACGUCAAUGUUCGUAACGACUGGGAAACAACAAUUGAAAAUUUCCAUGUUGUGGAAAAUUUAGCUGAUGAUGCAAUCAUCAUUUACCAGAUGCAUAAGGUAAUAACACUUCACCUGUAUACACACCUUAGUUAGCCUG